AUGUCAAAACUGCCCAAGCUAGUGACAACAAAUCUCAACUCGAAUUCACCUGAGAAAGGGGAGCAUACGCCUUCUACGUUGCUGCAAUCUCCAGUUAUACCCUCUGCAAAUGGUCCUAAUAGAGCACCUUUCACGGGUACUGAAAAGUCUCGGGAAAAAACAAAGUUUAAAGGUGUGAUUGAUAAGUUUAUGGGCAACUUCAAUGAUUUCCUCUCCAAGGACAGCAAUAACAGCAAUAACAACAGCGUAUUGACCAGGAACUCACCUCCUAUGGAUAUAUCUACACCUUAUAAUACAGUUCAUGUUACACAUGUAGGAUUCGAUUUAAAUACAGGUGAAUUUACAGGUCUACCAAGAGAAUGGCAAAACUUGCUUACGCAAAGCGGUAUCACAAAGCAAGAACAAGAGAACAAUCCUCAGGCUGUUAUACAUGCAAUUGAAUUCCUGCAAGAUGCUACUCAACAGAAAAUGGAGGAUGGCGUAUGGACCAAGAUACCAAAGACGCUAUCCAGUGCAUCCGUCAGUACCAAUGAGGACGAGCCACAGCAGGAUCGAAAAUCCUCAUCCAGUGAAAGCAUCAAAAAGACGCUUCGACGCUUCUCGACAUUGCGCAUCACCAAGUCCAAAGAAGAAAACCAAGGUGGAUUGGUUUCUGCAGCAACCACCGAGACAAUUGCGGCAAAACAACAACCUGAUACCGCGCCUGCACCAAAGAAACUGCUCGAGGAUGAGUAUGUAGACGAUGUUCAUUCCAUCAAUUCCGAGUCAACUGCUUCUAUUGGAGAAGAAUUUGGAGGCAGAGAAGGUGAUAUGCCUCAGUUGACAUCUAUGAAAAACGAGCCUUCAGCAGCAACAGCAUCAACAACAACAACAACAACAAUUGGACCACCAGGCACUGUCAAAUCGAGACCCAAGGACCAGAAAAAAGGCAUGAAAGAUCAGGAUGUAAUUCGCAAAUUACAGGAAUUAUGCUUGAACUCGGAUCCUUUGUUGAUUUAUUCGAAUAUGGUCAAGAUUGGCCAAGGUGCCUCUGGUGGUGUGUUUAUUGCUCAUCGUCAAGACCUUGCCAUGCCCGUAGCCAUCAAGCAAAUGAAUUUAGAAAAGCAACCUAAGAAGGAGUUAAUUAUCAACGAGAUCAUGGUCAUGAAGCGUUCUCAACAAAAGAAUAUUGUCAAUUUCAUAGAGUCAUAUCUCUGGAACGGCGAUCUUUGGGUUGUCAUGGAAUACAUGGAAGGAGGAAGUUUGACUGAUGUUGUUACCUGUAACAUGAUCAUGGAAGGCCAGAUUGCGGCCAUAUGUAAAGAGGUGCUUGAGGGAUUGAAGCAUCUUCACGCAAAUGGAGUGAUUCAUAGAGACAUUAAAAGUGACAAUGUACUGUUGAGUAUGCAAGGCGAUAUCAAAUUGACCGACUUUGGAUUUUGUGCACAAUUACAUGAACCUACAUCAAAACGUACUACAUUAGUUGGAACACCAUAUUGGAUGGCUCCAGAAGUGGUGACUAGAAAGGCUUACGACCAAAAAGUGGAUAUCUGGUCAUUGGGUAUUUUAGCGAUUGAGAUGAUUGAGGGUGAGCCACCUUACCUCAAUGAGAAUCCCUUGCGGGCACUCUACUUGAUUGCAAACAACGGCACUCCUGAUUUGCAGAACCCUGAGUCAUUGAGUGAUAUCUUCAAGGACUUUUUGUUUUUGUGUCUUCAAGUGGAUCCUUCUUUUAGACCUAGUGCAGCUGAAUUACUUCGACAUCCUUUCUUGCGCAAGGCAGAUCCACUUUAUUCUCUCGCACCGCUGAUUAGAGCUGCCAAGGAUACCAUUCAACAACAACAUCAUCAAGAGCAAAACUAG